AGCGAGAGGGAGUGUGAGGAGUGGACAGAUCGGGGAUUUCAAUAUGGCGAGCGAAAAUAAAAGCAUCUGCCAUUUUGUGGAGGUGUUUUAAAAUAGUUUUUGUUGUAUUAUUAUUUCAUUUUUUGUGUUUGUUGCGAAUCGGGCGCGUUUUAUGUGCGUGAGAGUGUGCUGCAGAAGUGGUGCUGCCGAACGGGACGUGAAAGAAGAAGUCACGGGUCGAGGAGAAGAGAACGGAGGGAAGAUCAGGAGGGCACAGCAAAAACGGGGACAAUAAACAAAUGAAUAAAUGGACGCUUCGUCCAUUAUAACACAAGUGUCCCGCGACAACGAACAAUUGAACAGUUAUCCGCCCGAAAAAGGGACACUACCGAAAAAUGAGAACGACAUAUCAGAUAGCGAGGGUCCGCCGAAGAAGGCGAAGGGCGGAUUCCUGCGAUCGCUGCUGUGCUGUCUGGGACGCAGCAAGGGAAAGGCUCAGAACAACCAGCAGUUCGGAUCAAGGGAAGUCACGUACGAGUCCGAGUCGCCCAGGUAUUUGCUGCCGCCGGUUCGGCACCAGGACAUGCAUAAAAAGUGCAUGGUCAUAGAUCUGGACGAGACGCUGGUGCAUAGCAGUUUCAAGCCCAUAAGCAAUGCCGACUUUGUCGUGCCGGUCGAGAUCGACGGCACCGUGCACCAGGUGUACGUGCUGAAGCGACCGUACGUCGAUGACUUCCUGAAGAGGAUGGGAGAGCUGUACGAGUGCGUGCUGUUCACGGCUUCUUUGGCCAAAUACGCGGAUCCCGUGGCCGACCUUCUGGACAGGUGGGGCGUCUUCAGGGCGCGUCUCUUCCGCGAAAGCUGCGUCUUCCACAGGGGGAACUACGUCAAGGAUCUUAACAAGCUGGGCAGAGAACUCCAGCAGAUCAUCAUCGUGGACAAUUCACCCGCUUCCUACAUAUUCCAUCCAGACAAUGCAGUUCCGGUAGCUUCGUGGUUCGAUGACAUGCAGGAUUCGGAGCUGCUGGAUUUGAUACCGUUCUUCGAGCAACUAAGCAAAAUGGACAAUGUGUAUACAGUGCUGUGCAAUUCGAACCAUCCGUACAACAGCACCAUCCAGCAGCAACAGCAGCAGCAGAUGAACGGCCCCACGGGUCCCUCGACACUGUCAUCUCCGACAAACACGUAGCACAAGAUCAACGGGAAGAGCAUCGCCAAAGUGAUCCUAACUAUCAUCGUACAAGCCUUCUACAAUGCAGGAGAGUUUGACUAUAUUAAGAAACAAAUCUGGUAAUGUAUAUUAUAUACAUAUAUUUACAUUAUUUUAAUCUUUGUAAUAUUAAUAAGAAUAAUAAUAAUAAUCUAUAUAUAUAUUUUACGCAUCUAAGAAAUAAUUGGAGAUGUUUUAAGAGAAGAAAACGAAAAUAUCAUAUUCGGAACAGAAACGAUGAUGGUCGAACAAAAAAAAA